AUGUCCACCGGGUUACAUUAUGUUGAAGGCGGUGAUUUUGGUGACCGUGAAGAUUGUAUUAAUGAAUUAAUCCAAUUUAUUUAUUCUUCUCGCGGAAAACUAAAACUAAAACUAGACUAUAUUAAACUUGAACAAUUAGGCGUUUCUUUUCUUGGUGAAUGCACCGCUAGUGUAUUUUAUGCGAUUGUCAGUCACCUUGCAGACACCUUUGUUUCUAAGCUUAAUAAUGUAAAGAAAGCCGAAGGUGAAUCAACUCUUGAACUUUCUCUACGUCUUACGAAAGAACUCGGGUUUACUAGGAUUAGUAGGAUGUGGCGAAGACUCGGCGCUCGUGUUAUUUGA